UGUAACAGCAUCAAGAUGUUAUGAUAUUUCUGCAAACCGCGACCUCAAGUGGCUUAUUGCUGACGUAAUAUCGAAUAUCUGACUGAUUUUGAACAAAAUCUCUUGGAGUCGCACAGUGCGCACUUUUCCUCUCGCUCCUUUCUCCCACAGUCUCUCUGUCUCUACACAUCCAUUUUCCCAUCCUCCUUUUCUUUCUGCAAGCAUGAUCUUCAUCUACUUCGUGCCCAAACGCUGAGCGGGACUUUUUUCUUUUACGACCAAGCCUCCUUUAUCCAUCCAGACGGAUUAUACAGGACCUCGUUAAAUUUUCAGCCGGGGCUUUGGACUAUACUGUCGUGACUACUGGGACUGGAGAGAAUCGAGGAAACCUACCACAGGUGAGAGGAGGUUUGACGACGCUGCGGUACAGAUGAUUGAACACUUUGAGCGUUAACUCAACGCAAUCUCCAGGCACCAGCGCACUUCAGCCUCCUAUUCACUAAGCUAUAGGGGGUACAUUUAGGUUAACACACUUUGGGACAACUAACUUGUGUUUCUGCACGAUUAUAAAAACGCUACGCUAUUUCCCAACUGGGAUUCCUAAGGAAGAUGUGACCUUUUCUUUUGCGCACUGGCAACCUGUCUACACAACGAGCAAAUCACUGCUUUCCUAUCAGUUGCUCGAUCUUGACAUGUCUUUUCGUAGGAUUACACGCGGAGCAUUGUAAGUGGCCGAGCUGGAUUGUGAGAUUACUGUCUUUGAUUUCUAUUUGUCUCUUGAAAGCGGAAGUGCUCUGUUUGUUCAAUGGCUUCAGUGUCAAGGUUGGCAAGACGCAAAGAUGCCAGUCACUGGCCAAGGAUGUCAUCAACUUUCUGGGCUGUUGUGCUUCUGACGGCGUUGCUGGUUCUCUACUGCGGCCAGCUGGCAGCGGGGACAUGUGAGAUUGUGACACUGGACAGGGACAGCAGCCAACCACGGCGGACCAUCGCCAGGCAGACAGCCCGCUGUGCCUGUAAGAAGGGUCAGAUCGCCGGAACUACAAGAGCCAGACCUGCUUGUGUGGACGCUGGUAUUGUUCGGAAAAAGCAGUGGUGUGAGAUGGUGCCAUGUUUGGAGGACGAAGGCUGUGACCUGUUAGUCAAUAAAUCUGGCUGGACUUGUACACAGCCCGGAGGCCGAGUCAAAACCACCACGGCUCUAUGACGCGACAAGAGCUCCCCUCAGCACUCUUGCACUAUGGAGAGCACUGAUGGCCCCUUGACAGACAGCCAAACACCAUCUACCACCAACACCACCACCCUACCACCAACAUCACAACAAUUUCACCAAAAUCCUGGUCCCGCAAAGGCAGAAUGCAACACAAGUGCACCAAGGGCACUUGGAGGCAGCAAGGUCUCGUAACACAGCCAGAGGCAGGAAAACCAGGGAGUGACUGUUUGAGGGAGUGAGCUCUCCCCUGGACACUGGACAAGCUACUCACUGUAAAACAUUUCCUCUUUCCUGUGACGGCUCCUCCAGGUUUGUGACUGCUCCCUCCUGCCAUUGAGUCCCUCUGUCAUUGAGUCAACAUGUUGCAUCCACCUCCUCUCUCCACUCUAUCUGCCUGCUCUGUGAAAAUAGCGGCACCUGCUCAUUCCAUGGAGGACCGGACACCUUGAAAUCUCAUGAAUGGUUUUUUGCCUCACUGGAUCUUUGUUUGGAGCUGCUAACGGCUGUCACUAAAGGGAUUCGCCACAUCACUCUCCUUGCCUCUAGAGCAGGAGGUUCCAGAGCAUAGACGGGAUCAUUACAGACCAGACCCUGUUGCUUCUCGGAUCACCUCCCGAGGCCAUAAAAACUGAACCUAACGCUGUCUGCUGUGAAUAGGCCUUCUGCUGGAGUAAACCUCCCAUAUUUUUUAUAGACCAAAGAGCAAAACAACAAAUAGGAUCAUUAUGAAAGAGUGGACCAUCUGGCAAAGACACACAGGGACUUUGUGAACUUGCUGCUUGUGUCUGCACCGGCCAACAACUGCCCCCACAGAGGUACGGUGCACAAGCGGACAGACUGAAGCCUGCAUCCAUUGGCACAUGUACUGUGAACAAAAGAGUACUUUUAAAACUUUGCAGACAUUUUUUUCUCAGACUUAGUCCACCACUGUAUUUUGCAACUGGAGAUAUAGGCACUACAUACAUAUAACUGUAUGAAAAAAUGAAUUGAUUUGCAUUUUUCAGUAGCUAUGGUUGGGACAGCUUGCAGGUAGAAUUGUCAGAUUGGUCAGCUCAAAUCAUAUCAAAGAAAUCAGGAAUAUCUGUAGAGGGUAUAACUGCUGCUUAGCGUGAAAAGGAGGAGUAAAGAAAUGUCAUUAAAUGUAUUUUGAAAGGCCCUAAAAAGUUAUAUAUUUAACAGUUUUAUAUGUUGUACCUUUGUAGAGAAGCUUAUUGGACUUAAAAUGUGGUCACAAUGGCAGUUUAGUAGGAUGUGAACAAAUGCUGUUGUUCUCAUUACUGCUGGCUAGUAGUCCCAGGUUUUUUGUUUACACCUCAGUAGCUGCUUUCUUUUCAUGGUCAUCUAUAAGUCAGUGUCUACCAGAACCAUUAAUGGGGAAAAGGAAAGUAACAAUUUACUGAGGACUGAUCUGCAGCCAACUGAAUAUUGUAAAUCUAUGGUAGUCAGUGGAAGCCAUUGAAAUUUGCUAAUUUGCUAUGAUAUUGUAUUGUACACAGUGUGGAAUACUGACUCAUUUCCUCUCUAUGAGUUUUGAUCUCUUAAUUUAUUUUUGUGCUUGUGUUUGGUCGCAGAAAUUUGGCCUCUCUCUGAUCGCAAGGAAUACAACGAUGAGAGCCAGGGAGAGAGAGAGAGAGCGUAGAAGAAGCAUUGCAGAAAUAUUAGUCAUUUACAUAAAUUUUUUAUUAUGAAAUAUUUUAAGAAUAAAUUAAAUACAUGAAAAGAAAUGUGCCCUGCAAAUUUAGAUGGUCGUGGGAAAUUCAAUUGAUCUUAUUAUGGUUUUACUUUUAACUGUUCUGUCACAAAAAAAAAAAGAGGAAACACUAAAUGAAAGUUUUGUUUUCUGUGCCAGGUCAUCAGCUGGGUUUAAGACCAGAUUCAAAUCCCAAAUGGGAAAGUAAUGGUAAAAUUUAUGUUGGGGAUAAG